GAGCCACCCCGAACGCCCGGACGCGUCGCACCUCUGGGUCUGGCGGAGGGCGGCUGGCUUGGCGGUCCGAGCACGUCGUCGUCGUCGUGAUGCCCGUGUCGAAGGCGGCGUGUCGUCCUGGCCCGCACCCCGCGCAGAGGCGCUCAUUGCUUUGUUGACGUCGUCGGCCCUCGAGACGCUGCAGGCUGACGGCGUGCGCUGCACCCGGCCGCCCCGUCGGCGGAGGAGGAGGAGCACGGAGAGCGGCAGACGCAGACGACGCGCCGCGACGCCCGCCACGACGCGCCGCCAUCAUUGGCCGAUCACCCGAUCGCACUGAUCGAUUGGUCGGUCAAGUUGACGCGGUGCGGCGCGAGAUCGAGGCAUGAGACUCGUCUUCGGCCGGUAUGCAGCACUGGACCUGCAGAAGAGUAAAGGCUAUGCUUGACGCCUCGGCGUAGCGGCAGCAGCACAGCAACAGAACAGCGCACCCAGCCGCCGCGGCAGGCACCGACCGCCCGGCCCGCCAGCGCCUCCCCCUUGUUGGACUCGACGGCGAGCACCGCCACCACCAGGCCGCCACCGCCGCCACCAUGACGCGCGCCGACCUGGACACCAUCCUGCUGCAGCUGGGCGACUUCGGCCGCUUCCAGUUCGCCAACUACGUCGCCAUCAGCUUCCCCAUCCUGUUCUCCGCCAUCUACACCCUGACGUAUGUCUUCACGGCCAAGGAUCUGGAAUACAGAUGCCGCAUCCCGGAGUGCGAGGGGCUGGGCAGCCCGCUCGCCAGCGCCCUGGGCGGGCACGUCGUCCAGGGCGGCGACCUCGUCGGCGUGGCGUCCAAGGCCACCAAGGCGGCCGGGCUGCCGCGCCAGCAGUACAUCCCGGACUGGCUGGUGCACGCCGUGCCGCACGAGGGCAGGGCGCCCAAGAACUGCCACCGCUACGCCCCCGCCGGCCGGCCCGGACCCGCGGUGCCCAAUGGGUCGCGCUCCGACUGCCCCGCCGAGCUGUUCUCGCGGACCGAGGUGGUGCGCUGCCAGGACUGGGUGUUCGAGCCCGGCCAGAUGAACUCCAUCGCCAGCGAGUGGAACAUCGUCUGCGACGAGAACAAGUGGCAGCUGUCCAUCGUGGGCACGAUCAACAACAUCGGCCUGUUCGCGGGGCUCCCCUUCGCCGGCUUUUUCUCGGACAGGUUUGGCAGGAAGGCGCUGCUGUUCUGGUCGUGGGGCAUCACGUGCUGCAUGGGCAUCGUGCGCUCCUUCGCCACCAACCUCGUCAUGAUGCUGACCUUCGAGUUCCUGGACGCCUUCUUCGGGGCGGGCGUCUUCAGCGCGGGCUUCAUCCUGGCGCUGGAGUUCGUGGGCCCGGACAAGCGCGUGGUGGCGGGCACCGUGCUCAACCUCUUCUACUCCGCGGGGCAGGUGCUGCUGGGGGCCGUGGCCUGGGCGGUGUUCGACUGGCGGUGGCUGCUGCGCUCCAUCUACAUCCCCGGCUUCCUGUGCUUGCUGCUGCUGUGGCCCACCCCCGAGUCCGUGCGGUGGCUGGCGUCGAAGGGGCGCUACGCUGAGGCGGACAGCAUCAUCCGGAAGGUGGCCAAGUUCAACAGGGUGGUCAUCAACGAGGCCCUCGAGGACCGCGUCGACCUGGUGCAGGUUAAGUCGGAGGACACGGACAAGCAGAAGGACUCUGAGAAGGGACUGCUGGGGAAGUCCCAGAAGGACCUCGACAGGCAGGACCAGGCGGAGGCGGGCGGCAGCACCUUCAGCAACCUGCUCAACACCUUCAAGUCCUCCAGGCUGCUCUUCCGGUUCCUCAACUGUUCAUACUGCUGGAUGGCCAACACCUUCGUGUACUACGGCCUGUCGCUGAACUCGGUGUCCAUGGCGGGCAACGACUACCUCAACUUUAUCCUGGUGACGCUCAUCGAGCUGCCCGCGCUGCUGGCCCAGCUGUGGCUCAUGAACAUCUUCGGCCGACGGUCGUGCCUGUCCAGCACCAUGAUCAUCGCCGGGGCCUGCUGCGUCUCGUUCCUCGUCAUCCCUGAAGACUACCUGUACACGAAGCUGACCACGUUCAUGAUCGGCAAGUUCGCCAUCACCAUCUCGUUCGCCGUCAUCUACGUGUACACGGCCGAGCUGUUCCCCACCAACGUGCGCCACUCGCUACUCGGCUAUUGCUCCAUGUUCGGCCGCAUCGGCUCCAUGCUGGCUCCGCAAACGCCCUUGCUGGCCACAAUCAACGCCAGCCUGCCGCUGACGCUGUUCGCGGUGUCGUCCAUCAUCGGGGGAGUCCUCUCCUUGUUCUUCCCUGAAACCAAAGACAAGUCUCUGCCGGACUCCAUCAAGGAAGCUGAAGAGAUCGGCAAAUCCGAUCGCUAGGUUCACUGUUUGUGGCACGGUCGGGUUUUUCUCUCAAACGAACUGAUUCAAAUUAAUUAAGAAGUUUCUCCUCCAGUUCACACUCACGACAGACAAUAGUCCGAUUUUGUUUCGUACCAUUAUUGCUUCAUUCACCAAACAGUAUUUAAAGAAACAAGGCUGUGUGACAAGUGGAUUAGUUCUCACUUGAUUUAUGAGAUAUUUAUUUAUUGUAGAGACAUUCCAUGAUGUUUUUCAACUAAACGCCAAUGCUUCAUGUUAUUUAAUGUGAAAAUGUGAAGUUUCAAUCAGUACCAUUUUUUAUAUUAGGACUGUAUAGACCCUUGCUGACUUUUGGACAAAGUACAGUAUGUAUAUUUUUAUGAAUAAGUGUGAAAGUUUUUAGAAACUUUCAGUUACGUUAUUUUUAUAUAAUCUAGUUUUGUCUUCCAGUGAUUUCAGUGUUUGUUGUCACAUAAUCUAAGAGUUAAUAAUUUUUAUGUACUGAACAAAUGACACUUAUCAUAUUUAUGGCUCAGUUUGUGAUAAUGACGUACUCUAAAGUUGUGUUUCGCUGUGCCAAAUUUGGUAAUUAUUUAUUAAAAUAAAUAAUCCUUGUAAUUCAUUUGUGUAA